AUGGAUUUCGCGACAGAUCUCCGUAACUACAUCGGCACGUUGGGCGGCUGCCUGGUUGUUGUGCUGUCGCUGGCAGCGGUGACGGGGGCAGUCUGCGAGCUCAUCAACAUUCGCGUGAUGAAGGUUGUCGAGAAGAUGCCGUGGUGGCCAAGUGCACAGCCUCUGCAGAAAGGAUUAAUGAUGAAUUUCGGGUUCGCAGAAGAUGACUGCACUCCAGAGAUGAUGCUGGAGGGCUUCUCAUUCGUUCUCCUUAUUUGCGGGCAUCACUUCCUGAUGGGCAUGGCAAUGGUUCCCGUCGUCGUCCGUGGGUGGUCAGGGGCAGGCCCGACUGGGCAGCUGCUCUUCCUAAUGGCAGCUCUCGGUGACGUAUCUUUUGACGUCUACGACACGAUCAAGAAGUUCUUGCUCACGUUCUUCCCGAGCACGUUCAAGAGCUGGGGUACGUGCCCGCUGCCGUUCUUUAUCAUCAUGUGCCUCCUGCACCAUCCGCUGGCCAUGCUGCUUGUGAUCCCCAUGAACAUGAAAUACAGCUAUCCAGGUGUCUCCGGCGAAUCCCGCGUCCGUACGACAGAGCAGGGCGCUACCAACUAUGCCAACAUUGCGGCGGCGAAGACUCCAUCGAGCGCUGCGCUUUGUGUGGCUACCACUGGCGGGUUUUCGAAGCCAGACAUCGUGUGCCUGAGCCUGGCGCGCGUCGCUCGGCUCGGGCGGCAAAAAGGCUCCGGAGCGGUCGCGAUCGACCAUUCCGUCCUUGUGGCCGUCAGAAGCUCCACCAGCAGCAGCACGACCAGCGCCAGCCGCGGCGCCUGGCGGAGCCCGCGUGGCUGCCGCCUCUCCGCCCUCGGCGCCGCCUGCAGCCUGGGCUCCCGAGCCCUGGGGGCACGGGUGGCGGAUAUGCCCGAGUAUCACAAGAUUGCAUGUUCGCUGCUCCUGGCAGCGGGCAUCUGCUUCCUGUCUGGCCAGUACAAGUUUACCCUCGACGUGAAGAGCAAGCGCGAGUUCCUGCAGUACAAGGCGAUCGUGCUGGUGCAGUUCGUGACCAUCUGGUACACCAGGUGCCUCGUCUGGUUCCCGCAGCUCUACUACGCCCUCUCGUACUUCCGCGCGCAGGGCGACACGCACUUCCUCGUCGGCGGCUGUGUUGCCGGCGGCCUCAUGUCCCUGUUCAACGUCAUCAUGCUUCUGGAUGCCACCACGGCUGCCCUCAAGUGGCUCCCGAGACCGCUGCCAGACACCGAGGGGACGCGGGAAGAGCUCCAGGCCGACGUCAUCCGCCAGCAGAGCGACCUCGUCGCGCCCGGGGCGCCGGCCGUGCUCGGCAGGGCUGCGAAGACGAUGCGUACGACGGUGAAGGUCGCGGUGGCCGCACAGCGCUUCAAG